AUGGAAUGCUCGAGCACCCUGGGUCGCUGUGCCGGCUGGCUGUGUGGAAAAACGGGUUUUGCCAGUCCGGGUGAAAAUAACAACGCCGCCGUCGCAGGACACAACACUUCGAACGGCGAUCGGCCCGCUAGUCCUGUAAUAGAAAUUAUGCAUGGUCCGGGGCCUAGUCCGGGUAGUUCUGGAUCUUGUGAUGACAGUCAGCCACCGCUCAAGAAUUGCUAUCGACUCGUAAUGCUUGGGUCAGCAAGAGUAGGAAAAACAUCAUUAGUUUCACGGUUUCUUGGUGGUAAAUUUGAUGAAUGUUACACGCCUACUAUAGAAGACUUCCAUAGGAAAUUGUACCGGAUACGAGGAGAAGUGCACCAGCUGGAUCUCUUGGACACUUCCGGGAACCAUCCAUUUCCUGCGAUGAGGCGACUCUCAUUUCUAACCGGUAAAGGAUAA